GAUGGUCGAUUUUGUAUUUCUUAGUUAAAGCUUGCCGUUGUUGUGUGUUGAAAUGGAAAAGAGAAAGAGGAAAUGUAUCGAAACCCGAUUGCCGGAAGCUAUAAUACACAUAAUACAGUCUUUUUUGAGUGAUGAAGAAGCUGCUCGAACCACUGUUAUUUCCAAAUCAUGGUAUAAAGCCUGGCUUACUCGUCCCGCCCUCGUGCUCGUGCUCAGAAAUCUCCGUCGGAAAUCAUCGGCGGCCGAGUUCUCGAAAUUUGCAGCGAAGACCAUGCGAAGGUAUCAAGACUCCAACUUGAAGAUCGAGAGUUUGAGUCUAAAAAUGCGAGGAUGUAGAAGGAGCUCUGAACCUCUUGCCCGCAAAUUGAUCGCGGAUGCCAUGAAACUGGGAGCUACUGAUCUCAAACUCGAAUUCUUCCCUACUGGAUUCGCGCUGCCGGCGGAGGUGCUCGGAUCUGAAACCCUCCUCCGAUUAUCUGUAAGUGGGUGCAAAAUUGAUGGAAACGUCAACUGCUCGAUGCUCAAAUCACUCAGCUUGGACAGCGUGCUUUUGAAAAGAGAGGAUAUGCUUAGAAUCUUAACUUCCUGCUGCAAUUCCAUCGAGGAACUGUCGCUUUCAAAUUCUCCCAUUGUUAAUUACAUAAUUGAAUUGAGAUGGCAGAAUCUACACGAGUUUCAUAAACUUAAGCGAUUGUAUCUUGAGAGGGUGCCUGUUGGUAACUCCCUCACCUACUUGGAAUCUCAAUGCCCUUGCUUGGAGGAUCUGAGCCUUGUUCACUGCUACAACACUGGGAUACAUGUCAAGAGCUCUUCACUCCAACGCAUAAGCAUUGUGCAGUGCGCUGCAUCGGGACUCCAGUUUGAAGUUCCAAAUCUUGCUGUAUUUAGCUAUUCAGGAAGGGACAUACCGGCCAUUUCUAUCAAAGCAAGGGACGAAUGGGAGUCUCAUAUAUCGAUUGAGCGCCAUCACAAUGAGACCUCCUCAUGGUACCGAGAUUUGCACAAGCGGUUGACUCAGCUGAGUCUAUCAAGAAUCAAUCUCACUAUAAAAAUAGUGGGGUCACGGCCUUGUACAAAUAGAUGCCUGAAUGAUAUUCGUGCGGUAGCCAAUCCAGUAGCAGUGGAGAAUAUGAGGGUUGAGACAGAAUACGAUGUAGGUCGUAUUAUGCGUUGUCUAUUUCGUAUGUGUCGCCCAAAGUUGGUAACUCUUUGCUGGCUUGAUUGUGAUUGUGAAUGUUGGAUGUCAAACAAUCACUCCCUUAGAACUCUCUGUGAGAAACUGAUGGGUCCAACAAAGCGUCGGAAAAUGUUUGAGCUCAAGGAAGGGAAAAUGGAAGUAUACGAGGAGGAUGUAGCAGAAUGGCGGCCUCUUCUACUGCAAGAUGCAACAAGAGCUCCACCAAUGGGACGUAAAGUUCGUUUCCACUUGAAGUGGUGAUCACUGAUCGUAAACGAGUUCCUAUGUGCUUUGAACUA